GCAGUGCGAGCGGCUCCUGGCGGUGUGUGGCGGAGGGAGACCGUGGGGGGGGAGCGUUGACGCUGCGAUGGGGACGGAGGAGAAGAAGAAGCAGCCGCCGCCGCAGAGCGGCAACAUCAGCAACAGCGAUAACGAGAGCCGAGCGCUGGCCAGUGUCAGCUCAGACAGCCCGGGGCAGGGUUGUGGACGGGGCAAGAAACGGAUCCUGGACGAGGAAUCGUACAUCGAGAAUUUGGGGAAAAUUAUCCAGCGUGAUUUUUUCCCUGAUGUCAUAAAAUUAAAUGCUCAGAGGGAGUUUUUGGAGGCUGAAGAGAGUGGCGACAUGGAAAAGAUGCGGGAAAUAACCAUAAAAUUUGGCUCUUCACUUGGAAAACCAAGUCUGGUGACUCCUGCCCCAUAUCACACACCAGGUUCUUUUGAAACGCCAGAAGGUCUCUCGUGUUCUCCUUCACAGAAUAAAACCAGAACAGGUGCAAAGUCCACAGGCAAUGAAGGGGAGAAGAAAGAAGAGGAGUUGCCAACACUGGACACCUACUUGGGGAAAAGUACCAGCGAAGAUAAUGCCUCCUUCAAUCAAAUUAUGGAUCUUGCUGAUGAGAAGAAUAGGAUUAAACAUGCUUGGCUUUAUGAGGCAGAGGAGCUAUCAAACCAGGGCCAUGAAGAAAUGUUGGCGCUACCAUCACCUGACGACCUGGCCAUUGAGGAUAGAAGAGCAGGAGUAAAAACCUGGAGGUAUAAAGCCAAGAACAGUCUGAUGUAUUACCCAGAAGGAGUGAAAGAUGAUGAACUCUUCAAGAAACCCCGUGAAGUGAUUCACAAAAAUACCCGCUUCCAGUGUGACCCUUUCAGUCGAACCCUGAGCAAAUCACAACUGCAGCAAGCGGCAGCUCUCAAUGCACAGUUCAAACAGGGCAAAGUAGGGCCUGAUGGGAAGGAGCUGAUCCCGCAGGACACGCCCAAAGUGAAUGGCUAUGGCUUUGUGAAGACACCUUCUCCUGCUCCAGGUGUGACUGACUCGCCGAUGAUGACGUGGGGUGAGAUUGAUGGGACUCCAUUACAUUUGAGCGGCACAGAAAGCCCCCAAGUGGAUAGGACGCCAGGGGGACCUUCAUUUAAGAUUCUGGAACCGGGCAGGAGGGAAAGAUUGGGACUGAAAAUGGUCACUGAGGUUGCGGCCAAAAACAGAACCAAGAAACAGGAAGCUUUGAGGAAAGCAACCGAGAGUCUGGUCAGUCUCUCUCCACACAGUAUCAGCCCUGUGAUGUCCCCAGCCCUGCAGCGUCUCGUCAACAGGACCUCCAGCAAAUACACGGACAAAGCUCUGCGUGCCAGUUACACGCCCUCCCCGACACACAAGGGGACCCCGCAGUGCAAAACACCGAGCGCUGGCGUUACCCCUAUCGAGCUCACUGCUACUCGGUCACCUGGCAGCCAGGACCCCACCUCCAUCACCGACGACCUGCUGCAGCUGCCCAAGAGAAAGAAGGCAUCAGACUUCUUCUAGUGCUGGACUUGUGCAUCUCCUUGCUCUUCUGCCCAAAAGUGUGGACACGGGAAACAUACAGCAGUAUUUAACAAUGAAGGACGAUUUCUCAUUCGUCGACUGCCGAGUGAAACUUUAACCGUACUCUUUGUUUGCAACUUUCCCAGAUCCGACAUGGCACAAUCGACACGGGAGUUAUAGAUUCAGGCACAAGCUACCUGUUAAACCUCUUGAUCCUUGCGAUCUACCUGCGUUAGCCCCGUGAAGUAACCGGGCAAUGGUUGACCAUCUCAACGUCUCGCUGCCUGAUUCCGUUUAGCCCGCAGCAGCAUUCCUCCAGCACUCUGGGAAACAUUAUUUUUAUUUAUGAACCUUUUCAGUGCUCGUGUAUCAUAUGCCCCUGAUAUGCCUGAUACGCCUCUGUUAACGUGGCAGAGACGGCAACAUGGUUUGGUGGUUUUAUUGUGAAGAUGUGGUUGGUUCAGGGGUUUGGCCUGGCCCCCAUGUCAAAGGAACGUUUACCCCUGUUAGUGAUCUUCAGCAGCAUGUGAGUUAGUUUCUCCCCCACCCACAGUCCACCCCUGGCCUCACUGAACAGUAAUAUGGGCUCUUCACCCACUCCUCCUCAUGUUCCUCAAGCAACCAUCUGCAGUUAGUCCCAGUGUUCAGUGGCUACUGCUUGUUCUCAUUCACUCGCUUGUCUAAACUCUCCCUCAUCCAUCAUACCAUCAGUGCCCCCUUGUUGUGCACUGGUGCCCUUUGUAGCUCCAUGCAGUGUAUCUUUUCUCUCAUCCCCUCACUGGGCUGCCCCUUCCACCAUGUCCUACCCUCUUAUUGAUACGUAAACACAUUCACUCUCUCACUCACUCUCCCUCCAUCACCCCUUUCUCAAAUAGUGCAUUCUCUCACAAGCCCCCUUUGAGUUGUGGACAUUCCGCUAAUCCAAAUAGUUGUAGUUGGGUUUUCUGCCUGAAAUUUAUUGUGGCAAUGACCUCUGGUUAAAAAGAACCAUGUGCCAGUUUUUUGUGUUGACUUUGAGCAUUGCAAUAUUUCCAAAUUGAAACUAGCUGCACUAUCCCUGCUCCUGCAUCUGCUGAUUUACUGUUGUAUCUGUAACCUAGAGACAUCAUGUCCCCACUCAAACCACUGCUCUAAAUCAUAAGGUCAGAAGGAAUAGGAAUUAGGCCAUUCGGCCCAUCAAGUCUACUUCGCCAUUCAAUCAUGGCUGAUCUAUCUCUCCCUCCUAACCCCAUUCUCCUGCCUUCCCCCCUUAACCUCUGACACCUGUCAGAGUAAUCAUAGUGGCAUGUUAUGUCGCUGAAAGUUCAUAUGUGCCAUAGUUAUGUGCCAUAGUUAUGCUGGGUGGAAGAUCAGCGAAUUCCUCUUUCCCAGCACAAUGGGCUGCAGUUCAUAGCCUUCACCACCCAUUGGACUCAACUUCCCGUUAUGCCCCCACUUACUUUUCUUUUUGCCUGGGAAAUGUUGCUCUCUCCUCUCUGUCCUUUAAUUUGAUGCAUUGCAGUUAAAUUAUACCUUCACCUCCUCUCUUCGAAAGGAAGUAAUACCAUUUGAAUCGAUCAUUCUUCACAACUAAAGCUCUUCCGUCCAGGCACCUUCACCUCGGUUUUCCUAUCAUGUAUCUGUGUAAGGUCAGAGCCGUCUAGUUCUUUAGCUGCCAUAGAGCAGUUCUUUAAACUAGCAGAUUUAAAGCAUGAAUCUGCCUGUUCCCCUUUUGCUUCACAUCACAAUCUACAUGCAGCAGAACUACGAUAAUCUGUUACCUUUGGAACUUUGUUGGUGGAUAUUACUUUUUAUAUGUUACAAGUUGUAUAAUACAUUUUUCAAUAAAUUCAGAGUUUAAGAGAA